AUGAACACCCUUUCCCUCCCAUUACUCAUACCGGCGGCGAUUCACCUCAGAUCCUCACGCCCCGCCGUGCCGUCCUUCCCACGCGCCAUCACACCGUCCGCUGCUUUACGCGCCACCUCACGGUCAGUCGAAAACCAAACUCUAGAGGUCCUCGAAUGGCGCGCACUCUGCAAUCAGCUCACUCCCUUCGCCUCCACAUCGAUGGGACUCUUGGCCACGAAAAACGCCGAGAUUCCGGUGGGGAAUUCGCCGGAAGAGAGCAGGAGCCUCCUCGAAGAGACGGCGGCUGCGUUAGCAGCCAUGGAGUUGAUGGAUUCGCGGCGAUUGGGUCUCUCCGAGAUCCUCGAUUUGUCUGAUAUCGUCGAGCGUGCUAUAGCUGGUCAAUUGCUUACCGUUAGAGAGCUCUGCGCCGUUCGCAGCACGUUAAUGGCGGCUUCAUCAGUGUAUCGGAAACUACAAAACGCAGCUCGUAGUGAUAACCGGGUUACUCCACUUGUAGAGAUACUUGAGGAUUGCGAUUUCAAGGCUCAAUUGGAGAAGAAGAUUGGUUUCUGCAUCGACUGCAACAUGUCAACGAUCCUCGACAGAGCGAGCGAAGAUCUGGAGAUCAUAAGAUCCGAGCGGAGGAGAAACAUGGAGGAUCUGGACUCUCUGUUAAAGCAAGUAUCAACCAAGAUUUUCCACGCCGGAGGAAUCGACAAGCCUCUGGUAACGAAGCGGAGGUCAAGAAUGUGCGUAGCGAUUAGAGCCACGCACAAGAGUCUGCUCCCAGGCGGCGUCGUUUUAAGCGUGAGUAGCUCGAGAGCAACGUGCUUCAUGGAGCCGAAAGAGGCGGUGGAGCUUAACAACAUGGAAGUGAGGCAUGCGAGCUCAGAGAGAGAAGAGGAAACGGCGAUUCUGAGCAUUUUGACGUCUGAAGUGACCGCAGCGAAGAGAGGGAUAUUGCAUUUGUUGGAUCGGAUUGUUGAGCUUGACAUUGCUUUUGCAAGAGCUUCACAUGCCAAAUGGAUGAAUGGAGUCUACCCAAAACUAACUUCACAACGCACAAUGGAUGAAUCUUUAUCAGUAGAGAUUGAUUCUGUGCAGCACCCGCUACUUCUUGGAUCAGUGUUAGGCAGCUCAGAGAGAGGAAGCAACACUUUCCCUGUGCCAAUAGACAUUAAAGUUGAUAGCAGAGCCAAAGUAGUCGUCAUUUCAGGUCCAAACACAGGAGGAAAGACUGCUUUGUUGAAGACUUUGGGGCUAAUCUCUCUCAUGUCGAAGUCAGGGAUGUAUUUGCCUGCUAAGAACUCCCCAAGAUUGCCUUGGUUUGAUCUUGUUCUUGCUGACAUUGGAGAUCCUCAGUCGUUGGAGCAAAGUCUAUCAACAUUCAGCGGCCACAUCUCACGGAUAUGUGAGAUACUUGACAUUGCUUCAGAAAACUCGCUUGUGCUUCUAGACGAGAUCUGUAGCGGGACUGAUCCUUCAGAAGGAGUUGCUCUCGCUACUAGUAUCCUACGGUAUGUUAAAACUCGUGUCAACGUGGCUGUUGUGUCAACGCAUUACGGUGACUUGAGCCGCUUGAAGGAUAACGAGGCUCAGUUCCAAAACGCUGCGAUGGAGUUCUCUAUGGAGACUCUGCAGCCUACGUUUCGAGUUCUCUGGGGAAGCACCGGUGAGUCAAACGCGUUGCGAGUCGCUAAGUCGAUUGGUUUCGAUGCAAGAAUCAUAGCGAAUGCACAUGAAUGGACGGAGAGACUGAAACCAGAGCAGGAAGUUGAGCGGAAAGGCUCUCUCUUUCAGUCACUUGUGGAAGAAAGAAAUAAGCUUAAACUUCAGGCGGAUAAGGCUAAGGCUUUUCAUCGAGACUUGAUGAGCCUUUACCACGAGCUUGAGGUUGAGUCACAUGAACUUGAGAAGCGUGAGAAGGCUCUUGUGAAGAGAGAAGCACAAAAGGUGCAAGAAGAUGUGAACUCUGCAAAGUCAAGAAUCGAGAAACUGGUGGCUGAAUUCGAGAGCCAGCUAGUGACCGCUCAGGCUGAUCAAUACAACUCCUUGAUCCUGAGAACCGAAGAGGAAGUCGCUGAGAUUAUCGAAGCUUGCUGUCCUCACGAUCUUGCAUCGACGGAAGAAGGUUAUAGUGGUGACUACUCGCCACAAGCAGGUGAAAAGGUUCUAGUGACUGGACUCGGAGGUAAGUUAGGUACUGUUGUUGAAGAGCCUGGAGAUGAUGACGAUACGGUUCUUGUUCAGCAUGGUAAGUUAAGAGUACGCAUCAAGAGAAACGACAUCAAGCCUCUUCCUCGAACAAGUGAAACAACGCCUAAUCUACGUUCCAAGAGAAAGGUGAGCAUGAGAGAGCUAGGCAAUGCGAUGGAGAUGGUAGAGAGCGAGCCGGUGAGGAUUCAAACGUCGAAGAACACGGUGGAUCUAAGAGGGAUGCGUGUGGAGGAAGCGAUGUAUCAGCUAGACAUGGCCAUCUCGGGGAGAGACUCUGGUUCGAUCCUGUUUAUCGUUCAUGGAAUGGGGAUGGGGGUUAUCAAGGAGCUUGUGCUUGAGAGGCUAAACAAGCACGCUCGUGUGUUGAGGUAUGAGCAGGCAAAUCCUAUGAACCAUGGUUGUACAGUUGCUUACAUUAAAUGA